AUGUCUUUCAGGAUGCUAGUGGCACCACUGCCACUGCAUUUCCUGUUGGCAGCAGUGAGCAGUGAAAAACAGAAGCGGCUGCAGGCAGCGUCCAAGGCAGAAAUAGCUACUGCGCGAUUCACCCGAGCUGUCCCUGCUCCCCAGACUCGCGCGUUCCGAUCUCAACUGCUGCAGGGGCCACGGAGGGGACAGGAAGCACCUUCGCCCAGACCACACAGCAGGCGCAGUGCGGAGCGAGCGGCGGGAGCCACUCUUUGCCCUGACGCUCAGCGCCCACUUGCUCUCCCGGGGGGCAGCGGACCGAUGCCAGGCUCAGCUCCCCUCCGCGAGGCCCGGGGAGCGUUGGGCGCCUGGCUGCUGGGAGGCCUCUGCGUCUGGACCCUGGGCGGCCUGUGCGGCCUGGGGGCGGCGGGCUCACCGGGGACGCCCCGCCCGUGCCAGGCUCCGCAGCAGUGGGAGGGUCGCCAGGUUCUGUACCGGCAGAGCACCGGCCGCAAUAGCCGCGCGCUGGUCUCCUACGACGGGCUCAACCAGCGCGUGCGGGUGCUGGACGAGAGGAAGGCGCUGAUCCCCUGCAAGAGAUUAUUUGAAUAUAUUUUGCUCUAUAAGGAUGGAGUGAUGUUUCAGAUUGAACAAGCCACCAAACUGUGUUCAAAGAUCACCCUGACGGAACCCUGGGAUCCUCUCGAUAUUCCUCUGAACUCCACCUUUGAAGACCAGUACUCCAUCGGGGGGCCCCAGGAGCAGAUCACUGUCCAAGAGUGGUCCGACAGAAAGUCAGCUAGAUCCUAUGAAACCUGGAUUGGCAUCUACACAGCCAAGGAUUGUUAUCCUGUCCAGGAAACGUUUAGCAAGAAUUUCAGUGUGAUAUUGUCCACACGGUUUUUUGACAUAGAGCUGGGCAUUAAAGACCCCUCAGUGUUUACCCCUCCGAGCACAUGCCAUGAGGCCCAGGCAGAGGAGAUGAGUGAGGAUUGCUCCUGGUGA